CUCCCUCGAAACGUCACGUUGUUUUGCCAAGUGAAAUCCUAGGUUUCCCUGCUUCGCGUUCAGGCUGGCCUCGAACCGGCUACAAUGCACAAGAUAUGGCACACCAUCAGCUGUGCAAGGUGUGUGCAGUGGCAACUGACUGGUCGGCAACAGCUCCUGCAGACUUGGCAGCCAGUCAGACAGCAGCAGCUGCUGCCAGUGAAACAGGCAGCUACACAGAAUCGCCAUUACCAUGCCAAUGAUGGUGUCUAUGGCUACAAGCCCCCCAAAGCAAGCAGAUUCCAAGUGUCCACGGAGACAUUGCAGUCAAGAGCACAGCAGGCGGCCGUGUACCGGCUGGUGGAGGCCUACCGCAGCCACGGCCACAAGGUGGCCGACUAUAACCCGCUGGCGCCCCGAGAAGUCAAGUGGCUGCCAGAGCUGGACCUGGGCCUGUUCUGCCUGGCCGAGUCGGACCCCGUCUCGCCUGCCGGCCUGGUGACCGGCUGCGCUGACGUCACCACCGUCGGUCAGCUGGUGGACCUCCUGCGUACUGUCUACUGCGGCCGGCUCUCGGCCCAGUUCGCACACGUCUCGAGUGCAGAGGAGCAGGAGUGGCUGGCCGAGCGUUUGGAGUGGGCCAGCUCGGAGCAGCUGGCUCCAGAGGAGCGACUCCGGCUAGCCGAGACGCUGCUACACUCGCAGGUGCUCGACAAGUUCCUGGCGGUGAAGUUCGCCACCGUCAAACGGUACGGCGGAGAGGGCGCGGAGGCCACCGGCGCCUUCCUCGCCGAGCUGCUGAUGCUGGCCGCCAGGGCUGACCUGAGGGAGGUUGUGAUGGGCAUGGCGCACCGCGGCCGACUCAACCUGCUCACCGACCUGCUGCAGUACCCGCCCGUCCAGAUGUUCCAGAAGAUGCGCGGCAUGUGCGAGUUCCCGGAUGGCGUCCAGGGCAUCGGUGACGUGCUCUCUCACCUCAACAGGAACGUGGAUCUGGAGAUCGAGGGCAAGACGAUCCACGCCGUGCUGCUGUCGAACCCCUCCCACCUCGAGGCGGUGAACCCGGUGGCGAUGGGCCGCGUCCGUGGUCGCGAGCAGACCGCCGGCGAAGGCGACUACUCGAGCCACCCGGGCGACGCCGCCGGCGACCGCUCCCUCUGCCUCCAGAUCCACGGGGACGCUGCCAUGUCCGCUCAGGGAAUCAUUCAGGAGGCCCUGGCUAUCUCUGAUCUCCCCCACACCAGGAUAGGUGGCUCCAUCCAUUUGGCCAUCAACAACCAGCUGGGCUAUACCACUCCGGAGGCCAGGGGGAGGUCAUCUACGUACUGCACGGACAUUGCUAAGCUGGUUGACGCUCCAGUGAUCCGCGUCAAUGGUGAUUACCCAGAGGAGGUGGUGCGUGCCUGCCGGAUGGCGUUCGAGUACCGGCAACGCUUCCGCCGUGACGUGUUUGUCGACCUGGUCUGCUUCCGCCGCUGGGGACACAACGAGCUGGACGACCCCACGCUCACCAACCCGGCCAUGUACCGCAACAUCCACACCCGCGUGAGCGUGCCGGACCGCUACGUCGACUCGUUGAUGGAGGAUGGCCUGAUGACGCUGAAGGACGUGGAAGACAUUCAAACCAAGCGCUACAACUGGCUCAACGAGGAGCUCGCCGAGGUCGACACGCACGUGCCCAAGGCGAACCACCUGGAGGGCCUGUGGUCGGGCCUGCGCCAGGCGCCGGCCGCGCUCACCAGCUGGGAUACGGGCGUCGACGUGCAGCUGCUCAAGUACAUCGGCGGCAGGAGCGUCGAGUGGCCCACCACUUUCAGUCUGCACCCUCACCUGCAGAAGUCUUUCGUCAAGGCGCGUCGGGACCGGCUGCGCGCCGGAGAGGGGCUCGACUGGGCCACCUGCGAGGCUCUGGCUCUAGGCUCGCUGCUGUAUGAGGGGAACCACGUGCGCCUGUGCGGCCAGGACGUGGGCCGCGGUACGUUCUCGCAGCGGCACGUCAUGCUGGUGGAUCAGAAGACAGACCACGUGCACGUGCCGCUCAACAGUCUGACUGAGCAGCAGACGACCUUCUUAGAGGUGGUGAACAGCGCGCUCACCGAGGAGGCCAUGCUGGCGUUCGAGUACGGCGUCAGCGUUGAGUCGCCGCACCGGCUCUGCAUAUGGGAGGCGCAGUUCGGAGACUUCUUCAACGGUGCCCAGAUCCCCAUCGACACGAUGAUCACCUCCGGCGAAGCCAAGUGGCUGUACCAGACGGCGCUGACGCUGGUGCUGCCGCACGGGAUGGACGGCACGGGACCGGAGCACUCAAGCUGUCGCAUGGAGCGCUUCCUCCAGCUCACCGACUCCAGGGAGGACGCCGUCGACGGCGACAAUGUGAACCUGCACAUCAUCAACCCGACCACGCCGGCGCAGUACUUCCAUGCGCUGCGCAGGCAGAUGGUGCGCGACUUCCGCAAGCCGCUGGUGGUGGUGGGACCUAAGAUGCUGCUGCGCUACCCGGCCGCCGUCAGCUCGCUGGCAGACAUGGCACCCGGCACACAGUGGCAGCCCGUGAUAGAUGACGCGGAGGUGAGCGCGACCCAAGUGCGCACGCUCGUGUUCUGCUCGGGCAAGCACUACUACGCGCUGGCGGCGGAGCGGGCGGCGGCCGGCCGGCAGGACGUGGCGCUGGUCCGCCUAGAGCAGCUCACGCCGUUUCCGACGCAACAGCUGAACGACAUUCGCGACAAGUACAGCCGGGCCGACAAGUUCAUAUGGAGCCAGGAGGAGCAUCGCAACCAGGGCGCCUGGACAUUCGUCCGGCCGAGGUUCUACAACCUGGCCGCCACCAAGCUGCAGUAUUGCGGCAGAGAGGUGCUCUGCGCGCCGGCCACCGGCACCGGACGCGUGCAUCAGCAGGAGGCGAAGCGGGUGGUGCAGGCGCCGUUCCAGACGUGAGCGGGCAACGUCGAAUCCCCAUCCCCCUACCACACACGCGCGCGCGCUGCCGUUUCUGCUGCAGGAGGGCGGCAGCGCGCGCUGUGUCGCUCGGUCCCUUCUCGGUCGGCACCUGGGGUGCAGCUGUGAGCAGUGCCAAACGGUGGAGCGUUGUCGACGCUGGCUGCCCCUGUGCCGUUGUUGGCGUCGUGUACCUGGGGUCGCGCGCGUGGUUCGUUGAUGCGAAGUCGUUGCUAGGCCAUUGUUUGGUGUGAUAUAUGUAUAUCUGGGCUUAUUGGGUGCGCGCGACAUUUUGACUAGUUUUACGCGAUUGACGCGGUUGGCAUUUGACGACGGCGCUGAUGACCUGUCGGCCUGCUUAGGAUCUAGUGAGCAACGAGGGCUGUGUGUCACACCCGCUAACAGACGGUUUAAUACACGAUUUACAGCA